AUGGAAGAUCUCAGUAGGGUUCGGAAGGCGUUUGAUGCCGCCAACGAAUUUUUGAACCCGGUCCUGAAUCGAGAUGAAAUACAAAAGUCCCAAGGCAGGGCGCUUCUAGAUAUUCUCAGCCAAUCUACAGAAAAUGUAGACGUUGAGGAUGGUCUCAAAAGGCGGACCGUUGUAGGUCAGGCAUUAGAUAUCCUGAACCGGAUCCAUACGUCCUUCGCAACACCAGCCGGGGAUCAAGAGCCGGUGGAAGAUGUAAUUCCCGUCGACGAAGAUCCGGCCUUGGAAGAUGCAAAGCGCCGUCGACUGUUACAUGCAUUACUGGACUUGAUAUCUUUGGAAGGAAUUUAUCCCUCUCUUUCAUCAGGAGUUGGUAUUCCAUUGCAACAGAGAGUGAUUUCGGUGCUGCCAGCUGGCGUGAUUGCGAAGCAGACAGCUAUCCCUGCUAGUAGCAGACCUCACGAUGAGGUUCUUCUUCGUCAGAUCAUGAAUGUUACUCUCAAAAUAAUGCUAGACCCCACGCCGAGCAUUCAGCCGGUCAUUCGAGGCCGCAUCUUGAGUGACAUGAUUAGCGCCACAGCGGACCUGGCCUUCAACCCGAAUAUCGCAUCCUCGUCUGAUCGAGGCAAUUUCAAGAGUGGGUUUCUGAAGAUCAUUGAAGAGACACCUAGUGCCGCUCUUUUGCCGACAUUGUCCAGCUUUCUCCAAUCAGACCCAACAGAUUGGUUUAAAGCCACAAUUUCGGGCCAAAUCGCGCGGACACCACUGCGUCAGGGCGGGGUUCUACAAACAAUCAUGUUCAUUGCCUCUCAGUUUGCUCCGUCCCUCGGACAAGAAGCACAGAGCGAGUCAUCAAAUGGGCCGCAUUUUACAGUUCAAGCUAUUAUGCAAAUAUCUCGAUUGCUAUCAUCUGUUCCCCAGGACAUCGAGCCUACUUUAUACUUCACCAAUAUUGCUCCUCAGCUUCUGGCAUUGCUAGAUGGUCCUGACCCAGAUUUGAAGAAAACGGCUUCUUAUAGUAUUGGAAAUGGAAUACUGGGAAAGCGUGCUUAUGGCGCACCCGGAACAAUUGGCCAUUCUAUCUUCGUGGAGCCAGUAUUCGCAGCUCUGACCGCAGAGCUAAACGACAAAUCAAUGUCAUGGUUGGCACACUACGCGGAUAUUGAGGGUUCUUCCUCAAUGAAGACUGAAGAGAUGAACUCGGAAUACACACUCGUGGAGGGAGACAUGGUCCACCUCGCGAUAGAGAGACUGAGAAGCCUGGCUCUCCAACAUCCGAACCCCGGCCUUGUCAAGAGAAUUGUCUAUCCAAUUCUUCUUCCUCUUUGGGGCUUGAUUUGUUAUGCCCAAGAGAAACAACUCAAGGAAUACCAGGAAAGGAUUUUUGAACUUCUGCAGACAUAUUUCAGCAUAUCGGUGGGCGUGCAGCCUCUGAAGAAGCUCGUCGAUCACCUUCUCUGGGACAGGGGUGCAACUUGGACUUAUUCCACGAACCAACAAGGACAAAUCCUUUUGACCAGGCGAACAGACCAACAAGAUAACCAUUCCAACAUUAUUCGAAUGAUUGACUCUCUACAAAGUCGCACCGACCUUUUCGUUAGUCUGCUUGGCUCUGACCCUAGUGGCGAGGAACACACUGGCGAUAUUUUCCUCUACGUGAGUGAGAAAUGGCUGGUGAAAUCGAACAACGCUGGCAACUCCACCGAGAACGAGAGAAUUGGCGAGUCAGAAAAUAUCAUCCAAAAGCUUGUCAGCGCCAAGGUGGCCGAGAAACUACUCGACACUUUCAAGGAUACUUUGUCUCGUCGGCCUUUACGAGUGCUGGAACUCAUAAAGCAGGUUGUUGAUGGCGAAUUGCAUAGGCUUGGUGGUCAAGCUUCAACCAAGGGAGAUCAGAAGGGCAAGGUUUCACUAUCAUCUCUUGCCAGCAUUGUUCCAGAAAAAGACACACAGGAAGAGGGUACAUCUGACAACGAAACAUCUGAAUCCCUUUCUACCGCGUUCAGCCUUUUAUCUACAAUUAUCGCAUCUCCUGAAUUCACCACCUCGCCCGAAACUCAACCUCCGCUACAGGCCAUCAAGGACCGAUUGGAUCAACUCAUCCCGCUCCUCCCGCCCGCACUAGCGAAACCAGCAACCACAUCAUCCAUGCUGGUAGAGAUCCAGCUCACCCACCCAGAACAUGACGAAACAAAGCCACCCCCUCCGCACCUCGCCGACCUUGAUACACACCGACAGGCUUUGACAAACCUCAACUCGGACCUCCCACCCGUUCAAGCAGAGGGCUUCUCGCUACUCUCAAAGCUAGUAUUGAAGGGAUCUCCCGUCCUCGACAUUCCAUCCACAUUGACUCUCCUCUUAUCAAUCAUCACGGACACCAGUUCCUCCGCCGCAAAUGAAGAAUUCAUCUACCUCAACGCGAUAAAGCUCAUCGGAACUUUGGCCUCGCGGCAUCCACGAACAGUCGUGAAAACCCUCGUCGAAAGCUACGCCGACAAAACCGAACAAAGAGCCCUAGACCAGCGACUGAAAAUCGGCGAAUCACUCUCCGAACAGUCCAAGACCUAG